CACUCCCUCACUCAACAAAUCCAACAAACCACCGCCACUUUCUCUCUCUUUUUCUCUCUAACCAAACAGACGCUCUCUAAAAACCCAAUUGUACUGUUCACUGAGAUAUGGCUCUCGAAGCUCUGAAUUCUCCAACUACGGCCUUCGACGACAUGGAUAUCCACUCUCUCGAGCCAUGGAUGAAGAGGAAGCGAUCCAAGCGUCCUCGCACCGAAAAUCCACCAACCGAAGAAGAGUACUUAGCCCUCUGCCUCAUCAUGCUCGCUCGCGGCGGCGCCACCACCCAAACCCACCAAUCAACCGACUCUUCGCCGUCCUCUUCAAAGCCAUCUUACAAGUGCACCGUCUGCGACAAAGCUUUUCACUCCUACCAAGCCCUCGGCGGCCACAAAGCCAGUCACCGCAAACUCACCGGCGCCGCCGCUACUACCUCCGACGACCAACCCUCCACCUCCACCACCACUACCACCACCGCCUCCACCACGGCCCCCCUCAACCCGAGUGGUAGGACCCAUGAGUGCUCCAUCUGCCACCGGUCCUUCCCCACCGGCCAAGCCCUCGGCGGCCACAAGCGCCGCCACUACGACGGCGGCAACACCAAAGACAACGGCGGCGGAAGCAGCGGCGUCAUCUCUUCCGGCUCCACCAGUCAGAGCCACCGUGAUUUCGAUCUGAACCUCCCGGCGUCGCCGGAAUUCGGGAUGGGUUUGAGCGUUGACUGUCUGAGAAAAAGUCAAUUCUUCGGCGACCAAGAGGUGGAGAGUCCUCUACCGAUGAAGAAAUCGCGGUUAUCGUUUCCCUCCGAUUUGGGUUCUUCACAAGAUUGAUUUUUAGUUUUAGAUUGAUAGUUGAAUUUCAUGUCAUUUUUUUUUCUUCUUAAUUUGUUUGUGUUUGUUUUGAAUUUUGAUAUAUUGUUUCUGUACAGAGAAUUAUUCAAUCUCUGGA